GGUUGCAGUUGCAGUCGGUUCCCUCCCUCCCUCCCUUCUUGCCUCUGCUGCAGUUGCAAACCUCCCUUGGUUCUGCAACCACCACUAGAGGCCGAGCCCAGGCCCUUAUCCAUCUUCUUCAUCGGCCAUCUGCAACAACCACAGCAGAGGAAGAAUCCGUCGGCGGAAGGGGAGCGAGGGCGCCCUGCCUGCAGUAUCCAUGGGGAACUGCGCCAGCGCCAUCAAUUCCUUCGUCCAGCGCGGCACCAGGUCGUCGCCGUCCGCUGCUCCUGGAAUGUCUGCAUCGAGGAGGACUAGUAGCUCUGCCACCACUGGGAAGCUGUCAACACUGAGUACCAGCACCUUCAUGCCAUCCACAAUUAGUGGUGUUAGCGUCGAUGAUGAUUAUCCAGAUGGCCAGAUUCUUGAGUCUCCAGAUCUCAAAAUAUACACCUUCGCCGAACUCAAGAGUGCCACCAGGAGCUUCAGGCCUGAGACAGUGCUUGGGGAGGGCGGAUUCGGAAAGGUUUACAAGGGCUGGGUCGAUGAGAAGACCUUGAACCCGUCCAGGAGUAGCAUUGGCAUGGUGGUUGCUGUCAAGAAGCUCAAUCCUGAGAGCGUGCAGGGAAUGGAGCAAUGGCAGUCUGAAGUCAAUUUCCUUGGGAGGAUUUCACAUCCCAAUCUCGUUAAACUCUUGGGCUACUGCAUGGACGACAACGAGCUACUACUCGUGUACGAGUUCAUGGCAAAGGGGAGCUUGGAGAACCACCUGUUUCGAAGAGGGGCGGUUUACGAGCCUCUGCCUUGGAGCCUCAGGCUGAAGAUUCUCAUCGGUGCAGCUCGUGGCCUUGCUUUUCUUCAUUCAUCAGAAAGGCAAAUCAUCUACAGGGACUUCAAGGCUUCAAACAUCUUACUAGAUUCGCACUUCAACGCAAAGCUUUCAGAUUUCGGGUUGGCCAAACACGGUCCAGAUGGCGAGGAGUCUCAUGUGACAACAAGAGUCAUGGGAACCUAUGGGUAUGCAGCUCCAGAAUAUGUUUCUACCGGCCAUCUGUAUGUGAAGAGUGACGUGUAUGGCUUUGGUGUUGUACUGCUGGAGAUGAUCUCUGGUCUAAGGGCACUGGACCCAAGCCGACAGAACGAGAAGGUGAACCUGGUGAACUGGGCAAAGCCAUUGCUGGCUGACCGGAGGAAGCUCAGCCAAGUGAUGGACAGCGGGCUGGAGGGACAGUACAGUUCCAAAGGAGCCCUCCUCGCUGCCCAGCUGACCCUCAAGUGCCUGAACGGUGACCCGAAGAGCCGGCCAUCCAUGAAAGAAGUUGUGGAGGUGCUGGAGCAGAUCGAGUCGAUGAAGAGCAGGGUGAGGAGGGAGCCCAGGCACAGUGGCUCCUCGCUCACGCGUCGCGGCCAGGGGUACUCACCCAGGAGUGACAGCGGCAGCUCUAGGAACAACUCCAGGGGCAGGUAGACACAUAGGAUGAACUGAUUCUGAUGUGGAGAUUGUUGUAAAGGUAGACUGCAUUUUUUGUUGUCAUGACGAAGUUUGUGCCGAUCAUGAUGAUCAAUGUAAUAGUUUAGGUACAGAGAAUACGCACGUUCGAUGACUUGGCAGCUGGCAUAUGCAUAAAUUCAACCAUUUUCCCAC